AGACAACAAUAUUAAGCAAUUAUACUCUAAUAAAGAUGUUAAAAAAAAAAAAGAAAAGGUAUUUCUUUGGAAACCUAACCUGAGAUUAUAAUUUAAACAUUGCUAUCAAAAUUCAGGAAGCAGAGAAUUGGUGCAUUUUUAUGACAGGGAAACAUUCUACUUUUUAUGGUACUGAAACUUGCCCAGGCUAAGUGGUCUUUGGAAUCAAAUUUUAAUAGUUUUCCUGUCACAGUGAAUUUUAAACACUGGUGGAGUUCCUGACAGACAUAAAGGACAAUUCAGGUUUCUUCUAUUUCUUUGACUCCUUUUCUACAUUUUCUAAUUGUCUAUACUUUUUAGAUUAAAACCUAUUCAUGCCUAGUAUGCAAAUUUAUUUUAUUAAUAAUUAAGUUGAUAAGUCCAUUUCCUGAUAUGCAGUUGGAUGUUACUGUGUCUUAUCUGAAUAUAUAAUACAUAGUCCCCAAUACUGUAUCUUGAGUGUUGCCCCCCUGCCCUGACAUUAAGCAGUUCCUAAGCAGGUGCAAUUGAGCCAGAGCUUUAGGCCACCAGUGAGUGCGAAGUCUCUGCCCCAGUGGUUCUCCUUGUCUGGUCCCUGAAGUGCAGUCCCAGACCAGCAGUGUCAGCGUCACCUGGGAGCUUGUUAGAAGUGCAGAUUCUGGGGUUGUACCACAGAUUGGUUGAAUUCAACUCCUGGGAUGGGACCAGGCAGUGUGUGUUUUAAAAUGCCAUCCUGAUGAUCUGGUAUAUGAGAACCACUGCAUCUGGACACACUAAGAGGGGUUUGGAGAGGCUACUUUCAACUGUGAGCGUGAUGUCUAUAGCCCAUUACUUCACUGUGAUUGUAAACAAUGCUCUGAAAUAACAUAAGAUUUGACUUCCUUAGGAAAUUUAUGAGUAGUAGUUAUUCACUCUGCACUAAGAUCAAUGAACUAUGGUAAAAUGGAAAGUAUUAAGUGGCACAAAAAGCAUUUGAAAUAAUUUAAAGUGACGUUUUAACAUCUUAAGCCUGUGAAUCCUGAAUCUGUAACCUCUUUGGUCUAGAGCAUGGACCCAGUUCAAGUGGAAACAAACUGUUUUCAUGUUGGCUUUUUUAGAGCAUUACUAAUCGUUAAGGAAUUAUUCAGUUUAUAAACUGUCCUAUUCCCAAAUGUAUUUCUAGUGCAUUUGUUGCUUCCAUGGGCCUCCGUUGUUGUUUAUUUUCUCUCCAUCCUCAUAAAGUUGGUCUCAUGAAAAGCACUGCAGCAGCCCUCCUCUGGGGAGGUGUGGCAUAUUAUGCAUGAGGUUGUCUUUGAGCAGUGAAGGUCUAAGAAGGUCCUGAAGUAAGCAGUGCACCAUCAGAGCUCCUGGCUAACCUGUGGGUCUGCAAGCUGUGAGAGGCUUUAGAGCCAGGAGUGAGAUUUUAUCACAUGAACUAAAGAGUAAAGCCAAAUAUUUUCUUAUCAAACCAAAGUAAACUAAUUAUCAGUAUGUGUGAAAUCAUGUCCACUGAUCAAGGCAGCAGUACCUGUCCAAAGAUCACUAUAGUUUCACCUUGCUUGAAAAGCAGCACAACCGCACUGAUUGAUCAGAAUGUAUAUGAUGAAGAGGCUCAGGGAAUAAAUGGGAAAACUCCAGCAAAACACUCAGCUGCAAGUCCAAAGCCACAAGUGCCUCCAAAGCCACUACACCUGCAGAAUUCACCUUCGUCCAAUAUACACCAAACCCCCAGGCAUAAAGCUUUAUCUAGUGCAAAACCAAGGAUGGAGGAAGUUAAACCUGCCUCUGCUUCUUGUGUCUCAAAAGAAAAACCCAGUAAGAUAUCAGAUCUCAUCAGUCGCUUUGAAGGAGGCAGCUCAUUAUCAAAUUACAGUGAUUUGAAAAAAGAUUCUGCUGUGAACCUAAAUGCUCCUAGAACCCCGAGAAGGCAUGGAUUGACAACCACACCUCAGCAAAAACUCCUCUCCCAACACUCACCACAGAAGCAGAGAAAUGAUACAGAUCAGUCUCAGGGUGCACAGACUUGUGUGGCUAACGGUAUGGUAGCAGCACAAAACCAGAUGGAAUGUGAGGAGGAUAAAGCGGCCACUCUUAGCCCAGAUACUCCUAUUCAAACUUCUGAGCCCUUGCCCGAUACAAACUUAGUGAAUGGAGAAAGACAGGAAACAGCCACAGACCCUGCAUCCCCCACAACAAAUGACUGUGAUGAAAAUGCUUCUGACAGUAGCUGCAGGACUUUACAUGUCGGCCCACGGCUCCCCCUGGAAGAAGGAAGGGCAGACACAGAAGCCAAGGUACAAGAGAGGGAAGAUGGAGAAAGCCCCCUAGAACUGGAACAGCUGGACCAGCACCAUGAGAUGAAGGAGACUAAUGAGCAAAAACUUCACAAAAUUGCCAAUGAACUUUUGCUUACAGAAAGAGCUUAUGUCAGCCGACUUGACCUCUUAGAUCAGGUAUUUUAUUGCAAACUACUGGAAGAAGCAAAUCGAGGCUCGUUUCCAGCAGAGAUGGUGAAUAAAAUCUUUUCUAAUAUUUCAUCAAUAAAUGCCUUCCAUAGUAAAUUCCUAUUGCCAGAGCUGGAGAAAAGAAUGCAAGAAUGGGAAACUACCCCUAGAAUUGGUGACAUCCUUCAGAAAUUGGCCCCAUUCCUUAAGAUGUAUGGAGAAUAUGUGAAGGGAUUUGAUAACGCAAUGGAAUUGGUUAAAAACAUGACAGAGCGUAUUCCCCAGUUCAAAUCAAUAAUUGAAGAAAUUCAGAAACAGAAGAUCUGUGGGAGCUUGACUUUGCAGCAUCACAUGCUAGAACCUGUUCAGCGGAUUCCCCGGUAUGAGAUGCUCCUUAAAGACUACCUAAGGAAAUUGCCCCCUGGUUCUCCGGACUGGAAUGAUGCUAAAAAAUCACUUGAAAUUAUAUCUACAGCAGCAAGUCAUUCUAAUAGUGCAAUAAGAAAAAUGGAGAACCUAAAGAAACUCUUAGAGAUUUAUGAAAUGUUGGGAGAAGAAGAAGACAUUGUAAAUCCUUCAAAUGAACUAAUAAAAGAAGGACAGAUCCUCAAACUAGCUGCUCGGAACACAUCGGCACAAGAACGCUACCUUUUCUUAUUCAACAACAUGUUGCUGUACUGCGUGCCAAGAUUCAGCUUGGUGGGCUCUAAAUUCACAGUUCGAACCAGGGUUGGCAUUGAUGGAAUGAAAAUUGUAGAGACUCACAAUGAGGAAUAUCCACACACUUUCCAGGUAUCUGGGAAAGAGAGAACACUGGAACUGCAAGCCAGUUCUGAGCAAGACAAAGAAGAAUGGAUCAAGGCACUUCAAGAGACUAUUGAUGCUUUCCAUCAGAGGCAUGAAACCUUCAGAAAUGCAAUUGCCAAGGAUAAUGACAUUCACUCAGAGGUUUCUACUGCUGAGCUAGGAAAAAGAGCCCCAAGAUGGAUCCGAGAUAAUGAAGUUACAAUGUGUAUGAAAUGCAAGGAGCCUUUUAAUGCCCUGACGAGGAGAAGGCAUCAUUGUCGAGCAUGUGGACAUGUGGUUUGUUGGAAGUGUUCUGAUUAUAAAGCUCAACUUGAGUAUGAUGGUGGUAAAUUGAGCAAAGUUUGUAAAGACUGUUAUCAGAUAAUAAGUGGAUUCACAGACAGUGAAGAAAAGAAAAGAAAAGGAAUUUUAGAGAUCGAAUCUGCAGAAGUAUCUGGAAACAGUGUGGUGUGCAGUUUUCUUCAAUAUAUGGAAAAGUCAAAACCUUGGCAGAAAGCUUGGUGUGUGAUCCCCAAACAAGACCCUCUUGUGCUGUACAUGUAUGGUGCCCCCCAGGAUGUCAGAGCCCAGGCCACUAUUCCACUCCUGGGCUACAUUGUGGAUGAUAUGCUGAGGAGUGCAGACCUGCCACACAGUUUCAAACUGACCCAGUCCAAGUCUGUGCACAGCUUUGCUGCAGACAGUGAAGAACUGAAACAGAAGUGGCUGAAAAUCAUCCUUUUAGCUGUCACAGAAAUAUUAGUAUUAGAAGAGAAUUUCUGCUUGUCCAGUCACCAUCUUCACAUUCCACAUGUUCUUUUGCCAAGCACAAAGAGAAGCAAUGAAGCAGCCUUACCUGUUUCUUAUUAAAGAAUCACGAAUGCUUUUACUUGGAGAAAGGCAAAGGAAUACUCUUAGCCAUUUAGAAGCACUCAACCAAAAGACCUCAAAAUGUGAUUGUCUGGUUACAAGAAUAAUCUGUCUUUUGCUUUCUGAGACACCUGAGCAGUCAUGACAAAUUGAACCUAGAAAAAUAAUUGGUUGUUUUACUAUUAAAACCAACAUUCCAUUCUGGUCUUAUUCUUUAUUUUCUCUAAAUCAUCUUUUUUUUAAAGUGCCCUUUCUCUAAACUUAACAAAAUACUUCUUUGAUAAAACUGCUAUUUUUUUAUAAAACAUUCCAGUUUUCUCAACAUAAAUUCUGCUUUAUUGAAAGUCUACCAAUGAAAUGUAGUGCAGACUUAUCUCCAGGUUUUAAGUGGGACCCAAUAAUGAAAAAUGCCACCAGCCACUUUUGUAAUAAUGGCAUCUAUAAUGCCAUCAUGUAUGCAAGCAAUAAAACUCUACAGGGUAGGUUUUACACUGAACUUUUAAUGUGAAUGUUCCUAGCCACAAGGGUAUAGAAAAUUAACUCCUAGGAGUGAUACUGUGAUUCAAAUUGCUCAGUACAGGGAAAAGAACAUAUGUGUGGCGGGGGGUGGGGUGGGGGAGGGACAACAUUAUUCCUUGGAUUCAAGUAACCAUCAAAAUCCUUUUUAUUUUACUUUAAAGUUUUUUAAAGCCUUUUUUUUUUUUUGCAAAGGGUAUGUAUGGGUGGUUAAAAACAGUUAAAGCACAUCUGCACUACACAUUUCAUUUUCCAUGAAGUUUAAUAUAGCUUGGUGUACUUAUACUCACUGGGUAAGCUACCCAAAUUAAAACAACAACAACAACAGUUUUUUUAAAUUACCACACUUUUUAUUGUCUUUGUGGAAACAGGAAACAGAUCUAAAUUCCCCUAUAAAUUUUAGAUCUCAUUUCUGGUUAUACUCAAAGCCUUAAGUUCUUAUUCUGAGCAUAUGUAAUAAUGAUUUUCCUGAGCUGGAUAUAUCCUGAGGAAAAGACACCAACAGGAGCAAAUAAACUUCUAGGGAACAAAGGUCUUUUUUUCUUUUUUUUUUUUUCUUUUCCAGGUAUCCUUGCUAUAAUGCACAGUAGAAAAUACAUUAAAUCUUUCUACAUCACAUAAUGUUCCUGUUAGCGGAUCUAAGAUUAAUCACAUGGUAUUUAUAAGCUAAAAUUAAUUCAAAAGGCAAGAAUGUCGUAAUGUCUUCAUUCUUAACUUUUGUAUUCUUCAAGAAUAUAUUAAUAUAAAAUCUGUGGCUAACCUGUUCUUAUUCUUAGGACUAUACUGGACAUCUGUAGUGGAUCAUGUUACUUUUUCAUUCUCAUCCAAUUUUAGUAAAAUCAAAUUGCUUUUUAUUUUCAUAUUACUAUCUACUAUACAGUCUCCAGAUUUAGAAAAUAGGAGUAUGAUAUAUAAAAGACCACUAGAUAUACUUUUAAAACCCUUUCUCUGACUUUAUGCAUACAUGUAUAUAUGUAAAAGCAAUGUUGAUUUCCAAUUCUGUUUUUCCAUAGGAACGAAAUUUUUAUAGAAAGUAUUCUUUUUAACUUAAAUAUUUUAACAUAAAUUAUAUACAUGGAUUUUUAGUAUAAUUCAUUCUUAUGUAUGCCCUGUAAUCAUGUUGUCAUGAAAGGGUAACUUUGCUUUCUUUACUGAUGUGGUAGAGAGGAAUAAGAUUAGGAACUGAAACAAGCAAGAACAGACAGAGAGGUGGACAGAAAGAGUCCCUUGGACUCCAAAUCAGAGCAAUAUAUGCUAAGAUAAAUGAAAAACACUUAAACUGCAGAGGGAUAUAAACUACAAGAUGUAAAUCUAUGUAAUUGCACACUGAUGGGAUCCAUUACACCUGGGCCUUUCACCUUGCCCUCUAAAUUAUACCACUAGUAUCUUGUCAUUACUUUUUCUUUAGACCUAAAAAAAAGAAAUAAUUCUAUUGGACUAUUUUCUGCACUGUUUACUGACAUAAAAAAUCCCUCUAAAGUCAAUCAUGGUCUGUAUUCUACUUUAUGGACUGAACAUUUGGCAGAAAAUAGUGUCUUUUCUGUCUUUUGAGAUGAAAUAGCACAUGGCUUCUACAAGAUAGUUUUUAACUCAUUGGGGGGUCACUGAGAGUUACAUGAUGUUUACCCCUUCCUAAAAUUCAUUAUAGAUUGAAUUAGUGUGAUUAGGUAGAUUUAGUGAGAAAUUAAAUCAAGAAAUAUUGUAGCAUAUUUGAAUAAGUAAAUACCAAAUACAUAGAGUGAGAUAUAUAUAUAUAUAUAUGUGUGUAUAUAUAUAUAUAUGGGUUUGGGAAGAGACAUAAUAGUCUAUGGGGACCAUUAUGAUAACAGAAUUACAUUAUAUAUUACACAUUAUAUGGAUGUUGAAAUGUAUCGCUUGGGGAGGGGUGUCUCCCUUCAUUAGCAAUCAUGUCUGUAUAUAAAACUUUGGAGGUUCUUGUUUGUUGUACCAAACUAGCAUUUCAUUUUAUGAGUGACAAUUGACUGAUAUUCUUGAAUAAGUGUUAUCUGGGUUUUUGAAUUGUUGACUGAUCAAUUUGAAAUGUAUAUUAGCAAAAUUUUAGAAUUAACUCAAAUGUGAGAAAGUAUACACAAAAAGUAAUUUUUCUCUUCUAGCUAUAUGAAUGUAAAAUACUUGCAGAUAGUGUAUAUAUUGUGUAACAUAUGUAUAUUUGGUCAUAAAGGCAGAGAAUUGGAAACAUUGUAAAAUUAAGCACUUUAAUUCCUAUUAAAUAUUAAAUACUUGUAUCUUGUAAAUAAAUACAUCUUUAAAUGAA